AUGUCUCUGCUGGCUGCACAGGACAAGCUCUAUUUUUGGAAAUUGAAACUGGAAGUAAUACCGAAUGGAUCAGUAAAUAAAUCAGUGAACUGAAUCAUUUUAUUUUCAUUUUGACUUUAUUCAAGACUCAUCUUAAAAAGAGGUCCAUAGCAGGGGUAAAUCAAAUAACCUGAGUCACAAAUUGUACUUUUCCUGUAAAUGCAUGCGACGCUAUGAGAAAAUGAAUACAUAAAAUAAACAACUGCGAAUAAAAAAAACAAAGGCGGGACUAACUGGAAAUUACCACCACACCAGGGCAUAUCUGACCAAAAUAGUCGGUUUGAGCAGAGCUUCAGCAGGCAACACGGCAAAAAUGGACAACAACAGUGGACUUCGCACUUUGAACAAUGACCCAGUUCCUCUGAAGUCAGUAUCAGUGGAGGUGGAGGUCCAGGGUCACGUCGCAUCGGUCAGCUCCUGUCUCCAGUAUGAAAACCAGGAGUCCGGGCCCGUGGAGGUCGUCUUCAUCUUUCCCAUGGACAGCAGCGCCGCCGUCUGCCGCUUCCGGGCCCGCGUCGGCAGCACCGAGAUCGAGGCCCAGGUCCGAGAGAAAACGCAGGCACGGGAGCAGUAUGACGAUGCGCUGAGCUCGGGGCUGCAGGCCUUCCUGCUGGAGGAGAGCGAGGAGAGCGAGGACGUUUUUCGACUGAGCGUGGGAAGCCUGCCCCCGGGAGAGACGGCCUCGGUGACCCUGACCUACGUGACCGAGCUGGCGGUGCAGGCCGAUAAGGCACUGAGAUUCUGCCUGCCCACCGUCCUCAACCCCCGCUACACCCCUGCAGGCUGUAAGAGCAUCACCACAGAGGCUGCCGGGGCCCUGUCAGGGGACUUGCCCUACACCCUGUCUCUUGGGGUCCAUGUCUACUCCCCCAGCCAAAUCAAGAGCAUCGAGUCCAACUGCCCUCUCACCCCAGUGGAGCUCCUGUCCCAGGAUAGCACCGAGGCCCAGGUCAGGCUGUUGCCUGGGCAUCGUUUUGACAGGGAUGUGGAACUCCUGUUGUACUAUGUCCAGCCUCACCUACCCACCGCCAUAUUGGAGGCGGGGCAGCCAACUGCCAAACCAGGUGACCUGAUGGGGGACACCGUGGCCUUGCUCAGCUUUUACCCAGACAGCAAGGCAGUGACGUCACCCUCCAAGGCCUCCAGCAAAGAGUUCAUAUUCCUGGUCGACCGUUCAGGCAGCAUGAGUGUCAGGGGGCGCAUUGACACUGCCAGGGACACCCUGCUGCUGCUGCUGAAGAGCCUUCCCAUAGGCUGCCGCUUCAACAUCUACGGCUUUGGCUCCACCCACGAGUCUUUCUUCCAUGAGAGUGUGGAGUACAGUCAGAAAAUGGUGAACUCCGCUAAAAAGAAAGUGAAGUCAAUGGAGGCCAAUCUUGGAGGUACAGAGAUCCUUGGACCCCUAAAGGAGAUCUACAGCAAGCCCUGCCUCCCCUCACACCCACGCCAGCUGUUUAUAUUCACAGAUGGAGAAGUAGGUAACACCAAAGCAGUGACUGAUCUGGUGAAAAUGAAUGCUGGGUCUCACAGGUGUUUUUCCUUUGGCAUUGGGGAAGGGGCCAGCGCUGCGCUUGUGAAUGGCAUGGCUAAGGAGGGGUCGGGCCACGCCCAGUUCAUCACUGGAACUGACAGACUACAGGCCAAGGUGAUGCAGUCCCUUCAAUUUUCCAUGCAGCCAGAAGUGAGCGACAUCUCAGUGCAGUGGGAUGUUCCACCGGGGGUCGCUGUUACCCCCUUGUCUCCUCCUCCCACUGUACUCUUCCAUGGUCAGAGGCUCCUGGUGUACGCCCAGUUCACCGGGCAGAGUCACAGUAGUAUGGACGGGUCUGUAACUCUUCAUUAUAAACUUGGAGAAGAAUCUUUGAAGAACAAACUGACUUUCAAUAUGAAGUCUGAGAAGGACAGCAGCUUGCUACUUCACAGACUGGGGGCUCGUGCCGCCAUAGAAGCCCUGGAAGGGGAGGUGAGAGAAGGCGGAGAUGAGAGCAUCACAGAGAAAGUGGUGGCACUCAGCACCCAAUCAGGGGUUAGCUCCUCCCACACAGCCUUCAUUGCUGUCCACGCUGAGAACAAGCAGCCAAUCGAGGGCCCGCUCCUUCACAGAACCGUACCAAGAGCCAUGCUUGAAGAUCGAAGUAGGCGUUUCUGCGGAGCCUUAUACUCAGGCACCCCUCCUCAGAGUUUGGUAAAGGCUUGUGACCUUGUUCCCAGAAAUGAACACAUUUACCAUGUACCAGUCACCGGGAAAGAAUCAGGCAAGCCAAAACUUGGGGCCUCCCUACGCCAAAUUUGGGGCAGAUUCCGACGAGGGAAUCGAGAGCCACAGAUUGACAUGGGUUGCAGUCGGCGGCCAGUCGGGCGAAAGGCGACGAAGAUCUGCCGCGGCGAGCCGUUUGAAAGGCCAGAUUACAGAAGGGCUUCCAGGAAAAUAGAAGGUGCUGUCCCCUCAUUGGAUGGGAAAAUGGCAUCUGUCUGUGUCGCAGGUGCAUUGUCAAGGCUUGACCAAGAUGAUUGGCCCGGAGACCUGUUGAGACUAAUAGACCUACAGAAUGCUGAUGGUUCCUGGGAGCUUGACCAAUCACUGGUCUCCAUCCUGGGGAAAAAUAAAGAGGAGGUGGCCAAAACCUCACCGGUAGAGUCUGGGUCCUCUUCUGUUUGGGCCACGGUUCUGGCGGUGCUGUGGCUGCACGGGCACAUGGCCCGUUUUAAGGAUGAGUGGCUGCUUGUUGCCCAGAAGGCUGUGUCCUGGAUCAAAACUCAGAUAGGGGCCGACAUGUCCCGGUUUGUGUCAUCGGGGAACUCCCUCCUCGGCCUGCAGGUGGAGCCAAAGGCCCUGGGGCAGUAAGAAACGGCGCUCCCGAAGUUUCAGAAUUCCACUCCUACUGAAACAAAGCAGGGCAUCGCUUUGCGCAUUUUAUCUGUGAAAGCCAUUUCUGUGCACGGCAAUUCUGCAUUUAUAGCACAUUGUUUAUAAUAAGUUUACUUUCACUGCCUUUCAGUUAUUUCUUACUUUCUGAAAACUGCACUGUUAGGUUACCUUCAGAGUGCAGGAAAACUGGCUCAGUUCUGUAUUUUAAUCCCCCACAUAUGCAACAGAGUUCAGAUGUUUGUAGAGCACCACACGGAGCAGUAUCUUCUCAGUUUUCGAUCGGUAUGUGGUAGUGAGUCAGAUAUGCGGCCAUGCCAAAAGCCAUGCAAACGCGCAGAUCAGAAUUGUUCAGUCCGUGCUUGAAUUUAGUAUGCUCGUGAAAGCCAGCGGGGCAGAGCAUAUACCCUCUGCCAAAGACGAGAUGGGAAUAGAUGCAGGCGUCCUCCACCCAGCUGGAGAUACACCAGUAAGUGACAGGUUCAUGUCGUCAUUAUUCGGCAUUGGCUGUGCUGUUGGGUCAUUUUCAAAAAUGAAUAUGGACAGUCAGUCCAAAAAAUUGAUUUCAGCAUUAAGAUCUGCAAAUGCAGCCUUUAUGCAUCAGAUACAGUUAGGGAACGACAAGAGCCAUAAAACUGUGCAUUAGCUAAGAAUUCAUGCAAAUAACCAUUUAGUACUGUGUGUAAACUUAGUGUGUUUAUAAACAUUAUACUAGCCUGCUUUUGCACAAAGUGUGUACACAGUGUGCAUGUACUGUAUAUGAAAUACAUAAAAAAAUCAUUAAAGCACUUAUUUGAGUCAAUUGAA